AUGGCUGCCAAACACCGACAAACCUCGUCUCAACCCCCUCGACCUCCGCCGCCCAAUCCGCCACGACGAUCACUCAGGCAAGGUCUCAAAGACGUGUUUCUUCGAACCCUACGAAAAUCACCGGAUCCUCAAGCUGGCACACUCUCCCUAGGAUCUGGCAUAUUGCGUAGAGCAGAAUCAUCUAGCUCCUUUGCCCCGUCGACGACCACAUUUUCCUCCUUUGUCGAAUUGCCCGGGAGUCGAUCCAGUCUUGAGGAAUACACCAUCUCGCGCGCCAUCCCCAAUCGAUUCCAGUCAACCACGCACGUAUCACCGACCAAAUCGCCCGGGCGUCAGUCACUACUCCCUGCCACGAGUCUCAGUCAAUUCAACCUCCAUCAAGCUUACCUUCACCCCUCUACUGUUCCCCAACGUACAGUCCACGAUGCCAUGUCGCCUUCCUUGCUGUCGGUUGCGAGUCGGCAAGCAAGCAUGGCCAGCUUCUCUACACUUUCCACCAUUUCUAGCGCCUCCACUUUGCGCAUUCAGGAGUCGCGUGAAGUACUUGGCCAAAUCAAGGCGGGGGCACCGUCAUUCAGGAAUCCCCAAGCGCCAGCGGGCAAAGCUCGAACCAAACAUGUCUCGUGGCUGCAGUCACCGACAGCAAGUUCUGUGUCCGUGCCCGACUCCGGAAAGGAGACUGACGAUCCAUCCGGCCUCAGAUUGGUUGAGCAUUUCAAAUCGUUUUGCAUUCUUGACACCGCCGUGGCUGGACUCCCUGUUGUUGCGACGUCAAAGGAACUUCGCUACAUUUUUGAGGUCGGCGAACACUUCUUCCUCAACAAUUGUGAAUGUGAGGGUUCUUCCAUGGAUAUUGUGACGGGUCAAGAUGCUGCAGGCGACCCAGUCACCCACCUUGUGUUGUUCACACCCCUCAUCAUACCCAGCAGUGGUCGCAGUCGAUUCAUGCUAGCUUGCCUAAUCGACGUCACUCAGUUCAUCAAUGACACAGCGACACUUCCUGAGCUCGAUCAUGAACUCGACACAUCCACAAUAGAAAGUGAAGUACAGACACCGUUGCAAGAGAGGAAAGACCUGAGUUGGACUAGCCGCAGCUACAAACUCUCGGCCGAAGAUCUUCUUGGCGGCUGCAUGUUACCUGACGAUCGAGAGAAGUUUAGACCACCCAACAACGAGACGUCGGAGGAUAUUUGGCUGAAUCUGGCGAACGAGGAAAGGAGCAGAAGAUCAUCAACCAGGAACACACCCAGGUCGACGCCCAAGAUCAAGCAGAUCGCAAGAUCGAAUGCAUCAAACACGUCGACCACCAGCAGUACCGUGGAUGAGGUGUUGGACGAAUUUAUGAGCGACCUGCAGGAGCUCUAUUCGGAUUUCUUCCUUUUAGGCAAAUCUCCGCUUGAUGACACCUGUUUCGAGAUCUGCAACGUUUCGCCCCUACUCUACUCGACAAGAGAAUACAUCAACGGACACCUUUCCCGUACUGAUCCACAGCAAAUGGCCGAGUUAAGUGCAUCUCUGGCCUGGGAAACGCCAUUCAAUAUGCACGUUAAAUGGGGCCCACAGGGCCUGGACAAACGGAUGUAUUGUAGUCCAAUGUACACGGCAAACUCCAUCACGUGGAUUUGCUUCCUUGUGGAUUACCAGAUGCCAUUGAUAUGGUAA